GAAGAGGCCCGAGGCCUGGCCCGUUCUCCCCAUUCUAUCUCCCCUCCCCGACUUGACCUAGCCGCCGCCAGUCGCCACAGCCGCUGCGCCCGCCGUCCGACUCCCUGCUCCGCCGCGUUUCCCCCCAUCCGCCGCCUCCCAUCGUUGGCCCAAGGUCUUGUGUGGGAUUGGCAUGGGAUUUGAGUGGGAGGGGCUGGAUUGACUAAGGGGUGUGAUGGAUCUGAAAAGGAUCGAUGCAAUGUCUGUGCAUGAUUCUAACCAAUCCAGUGUGAUAAACCUAACCGCGGGGGCGAUCUCAUGCAAUGAAGUAGAAAAUGGUAGUGCUAUUAUUGAUUGGUCAAGUGUUGUGAUUGAACCAGAAAAUGAUGGGGAUGAAAAACCGCCGGACGAGAAAGCCAUGUUUGCUCUAUUUGGUUUAAAAACAGAACCGGAUGAGAGAGCAACUGAGCUUCGUUCUAUUGCCGUUCCUACUCCUGCUGUGGAGUCUGACUUACAUGAUAUCAAAGAUGCAGAUAUUGUUGUUGAUGAUAAGGCUCCAGAGGAGCCACUUAUUGCCUGGGAUGAACGAAACCCAGCCAUGGAUAUAGGGACACCUUAUCCUAACAUGGUUGAAUUUAGAAAGGCUUUAAAACAGUGGGCUGUCAAUGGAGAGUUUGAAUAUGGCACCAAAAAAAUGAGCCAGGGAGGUUUCGGGCUUUUUGCAAAGGUCAAUCCAUAAUAGGUGACCCUUGCAAAUGGGCUUUAACUGCUAGUUGGCGAAGGGAUGAAAAUUGUGUGAUGGUUGUGAAGCAUCAAAUGGAGCAUAUUUGUAGUUCAACGAGUGGAAAAGUGACUAGCAUGACAUCUCAAUCAUGGGUUGCCAACAAGGCAGUAGCUAUGUUGAAGAAGGAUCCAACCGUUGGUGCUGUGAAGAUACUUAAAGACUUGCAAGAUGAGCAUCAUGUCACACUUAACUAUCACACAGUGUGGAAAGGCAAAAAAAAAAAGGCAGCAACAGGCUUAUAUGGGAGUUGGGAAGAAAGUUUCAGGAUGUUGUACAACUAUAAGGUUGAAAUAGAAUUGAGGUCUCCGGGGAGUAUUGUUGAGAUUGAUACGACCACACAUGAAGGUGAAGUGCAUUUCAGCAAGCUAUUUAUCGCUUUCAAGCCUUGCAUAGAUGGUUUUGUGAAUGGAUGUAGACCAUAUAUUAGCAUAGAUUCAACUCAUUUAAAUGGAAAGUGGAAUGGUCAGCUAGCUGUAGUCACUGCAUUGGAUGGUCACAAUUGGAUGUUCCCGGUGGCGUAUGGCUUUAUUGAGUCUGAAAAUGGAGAUAAUUGGGCUUGGUUCAUGAAUCAAGUGAAGAAGGCAAUAGGGGACCCUCCGGUAUUGGCUGUUUGUACUGAUGCUUGCAAGGGUCUUGAAAAUGCUGUUAAGAUCCUCAAGCUGAGCAGCGAGAGUGCUUUAGGCAUAUGUGGCAUAAUUUUCAGAAAUAUUUUCAUGGUGAUGUGUUUGGAAGGUUGUGGCCUGCUGCUAGGGCAUAUAGGCCGGAACGGAAGAAUAUCAACAUCACAUGGCAAAGGUAUUUGAUGCAUCUGAGAAAGUAUAUCCUUACCUUAGGGAUUACCAUAAUCUGUUAUGGAUGAGGUGCAUGUUCAACCCUGCCAUCAAGUGUGACUACAUAAAUAACAAUCUUGUCGAGUGCUUCAACGCUUGGGGGCGAGAUAUCAAGGACUUGCCGAUUGAUCAGCUAGCUGAUAAGAUUAGAGAGAUGAUUAUGGAACUGUUUAGAAAAAGAAGAAUGAUUGGAGAAAGAUUUACAGGGAUAAUACUUCCAUUUGUCAUACACCAACUAAAUGCAAAGACUCGAGGACUAGGUCAUCUCAAGGCUAAAGCAUCAGCUGAUUGGAGUGGGGAAGUGAAAAAUGCUAACAAAGAGGAUGAAAGACAUGUGGUCAAAACUCUCACACAUGAGUGUAAAUGUCUGCAAUGGCAGCACACGGGCAAGCCUUGCGACCAUGCACUAGCCUUCAUAAAUGUCUUGCAAGCUCGCAACUUUGUUAACAUGGAGGACUAUGUACAUGAGUACUACUCAGUUAGCAGAUUUAGGGCAGCAUAUGAAGGUGUAAUUGAGCCCCUUACGGACAAGAAUCAAUGGCCACACGUGGACACAGGCUUUGUGUUGCGUCCACCAAUUCCAAUAGGCAAGAAGAAAGGUGCUGGAAGAACAAGAAAACAGAGGAUAAAGAGUUGGUGGGAAGGUGGAUCAAGGAAAGGAUCCUUGAACAAAUGCAAAAAAUGCGAGGAGGUAGGACAUAGAGAAGCUGGUUGUCCUCAAAAUGGAACAAAGAAAAGGAAAAGUAGGGGGAAAAAGAAUCAAUCUCCAUGGUUUGAUGUUUCAGUUAGCAAUGCCGUUCCAUCUACACCAACCAAGAGCAAGAAUGAUGCCACUUGUAGCAGUCCUGGAGCUGUCACAAGAAGCCAAGCUGCAGCUCAAGCUAGUCCUGGACCUGUCACAAGGAGCCAAGCUGCUACCCCACCACCAAAACCUCCAACAAAAGAAAAGAAGAAGAAAAUGACACCUAAAAGGAAGAAAUUAAGUGACCUGUGAGCUUGUUUGUGGCUGUGAUGAACUCGGCUGUGGGUGGAGACUCACUUUUAUUGUUGUGUAUGUGAGGCGCAAACUCACUUUUAUUUGCUCUGUAUGUGAGGUGCAAACUCACUUAUUUUGCUGUCCUGAAGUCCUGUAGAACAUGGCUGAAUUGUUGUGUAUGUGAGGUGCAAACUCACUUAUUUUGCUGUCAUGAAGUCCUGUAGAACAUGGCUGAAUUAUUGUCUAUGCUAUCAUUGAAUCAU